GAGCUACGCUGACACCGGCUGCUCCUUGUACAGUUACAAAGUCAACAUGCUUCUUGCUGCUCACGUCUGUGCCUAACCCAGAGGGCAACCUGGAGCUAGGUAGGAGCCACAGAUCAGCCCUCGGACUCCAGCUCAAGGACAAAGGACCACAGAUGCAGCAAAUUUAAAGCACAAUCCAUGGGACAGCCUGUAACGUGACAAAGAAAAGACCUCAUCAAGAAAUAUCUUCAUCCCUGCAGGAACUUAAAAUAACAAGUGGCCAGGUCCUUAAAAUAACAAGUUGAACUGAAGAAAUCUGUCUUAGGCAGUAAAAUCUUGGAAGAGUUUCCAGAUUGUUUGAACUUCUCUGGCCGCACAAUACAGGAAGGAAGGCUGCUGCAGCUCAGGGACCUCCAGCGUCUGCAGCAUGGGCUGGUUCACUGGGAUUGCCUGUCUUUUCUGGGGUAUAUUACUUACAGCAAGAGCAAACUAUGCAAACGGAAAGAACAAUGUGCCAAGACUGAAAUUAUCGUACAAAGAAAUGUUGGAAUCCAACAAUGUGAUCACUUUCAAUGGCUUGGCCAACAGCUCCAGUUAUCACACUUUUCUUCUGGAUGAGGAACGGAGUAGACUGUAUGUUGGAGCAAAGGAUCAUAUAUUUUCAUUCAACUUGGUGAAUAUUAAAGAUUUUCAAAAGAUUGUGUGGCCAGUAUCUUAUACCAGGAGAGAUGAAUGCAAGUGGGCUGGAAAAGAUAUCCUGAAAGAAUGUGCAAAUUUCAUCAAGGUCCUCAAGGCUUAUAAUCAGACUCACUUGUACGCCUGUGGAACGGGGGCUUUCCAUCCAAUUUGCACCUAUAUUGAAGUUGGACAUCAUCCUGAGGACAACAUUUUUAAACUGCAGGACUCACAUUUUGAAAACGGUCGUGGGAAGAGUCCUUAUGACCCCAAACUUCUGACUGCCUCUCUUCUAAUAGAUGGUGAGUUGUACUCUGGAACUGCUGCGGAUUUCAUGGGACGAGACUUUGCUAUCUUCAGAACAUUGGGGCACCAUCAUCCCAUCAGGACCGAGCAGCACGACUCCCGGUGGCUCAAUGAUCCUAGAUUCAUCAGUGCCCAUCUCAUCCCAGAGAGUGAUAACCCUGAAGAUGACAAAGUAUAUUUUUUCUUCCGAGAAAAUGCAAUAGAUGGAGAACAUUCUGGAAAAGCCACUCAUGCUAGAAUAGGUCAGAUAUGCAAGAAUGACUUUGGAGGACACAGAAGUCUUGUGAAUAAAUGGACAACUUUCCUGAAAGCACGCCUGAUUUGCUCUGUGCCAGGUCCCAAUGGCAUUGACACACAUUUUGAUGAAUUACAGGAUGUAUUCUUAAUGAACUCUAAAGAUCCUAAAAAUCCAAUUGUCUAUGGAGUGUUCACAACAUCAAGCAACAUCUUUAAGGGCUCUGCUGUGUGUAUGUACAGUAUGAGUGAUGUAAGAAGGGUGUUCCUUGGUCCAUAUGCUCACAGAGAUGGUCCCAACUAUCAGUGGGUACCUUACCAAGGAAGAGUCCCUUAUCCACGACCAGGAACUUGUCCCAGUAAAACAUUUGGUGGAUUUGACUCCACAAAGGACCUUCCUGAUGAUGUCAUAACCUUUGCAAGAAGCCAUCCAGCCAUGUACAACCCAGUGUUUCCUAUUAAUAAUCGCCCAAUAAUGAUCAAAACAGAUGUAAAUUAUCAGUUCACACAAAUUGUUGUAGACCGGGUGGAUGCAGAAGAUGGCCAGUAUGAUGUUAUGUUCAUCGGAACAGAUGUUGGAACUGUCCUUAAAGUGGUUUCAGUCCCCAAGGAGACUUGGCAUGACCUAGAAGAAGUUCUUCUGGAAGAAAUGACAGUCUUCCGGGAACCAACAACUAUUUCAGCAAUGGAGCUUUCUACUAAACAGCAACAACUGUACAUUGGCUCAACUGCUGGAGUAGCACAGCUUCCUCUACACCGUUGUGACAUUUAUGGCAAAGCCUGUGCAGAGUGCUGCCUUGCUCGGGACCCUUAUUGUGCCUGGGAUGGGUCAUCAUGCUCACGCUAUUUUCCUACUGCAAAGAGGCGCACAAGACGACAGGAUAUAAGGAAUGGAGACCCACUGACUCACUGCUCCGACUUGCAGCAUCAUGAUAAUCAUCAUGGGCACAGUCUUGAAGAGAGAAUCAUCUAUGGAGUAGAAAAUAGUAGCACAUUCUUGGAAUGCAGUCCGAAGUCACAGAGAGCCUUGGUAUAUUGGCAAUUUCAGAGGCGAAAUGAAGAUCGAAAGGAGGAGAUCAGAGUGGGUGAUCAUAUCAUCAGGACAGAACAGGGGCUCCUGCUUCGUAGUCUGCAGAAGAAGGAUUCAGGCAAUUACCUGUGUCACGCCGUGGAGCACGGUUUCAUGCAAACUCUUCUUAAGGUGACCCUGGAAGUCAUCGAUACAGAACAUUUGGAGGAACUUCUUCAUAAAGAUGACGAUGGAGAUGGCUCUAAGACCAAAGAAAUGUCCAGUAGCAUGACACCCAGCCAGAAGGUCUGGUACAGAGACUUCAUGCAGCUCAUCAACCACCCCAACCUGAACACAAUGGAUGAGUUCUGUGAACAAGUGUGGAAAAGGGACCGAAAACAACGCCGACAAAGGCCGGGGCACUCUCAAGGGAGCAGCAACAAGUGGAAGCACAUGCAGGAGAGCAAGAAAGGUAGAAACAGGAGGACCCACGAGUUUGAGAGGGCACCCAGAAGUGUCUGAGCUGCGCCACCUCCCAAAACCUCAAACAAGUACAAACUUGCUUAGAUAAUAACUGGAAAAAAUGCAAUACACAUGACCAUUUCAUGGCAUUAUGUGGAUGUUUACAAUGGUGGGAAGUUCAACCAUGUUCCACCAAUUUAAGUCCGCGAGGAACCUUUCCAGCAGGCUUUCUUCAGACUACCAACGCCUGACAGAGAUCACAGGUGAGCGUAGGUGUCCAUGUCCGCUGACUUAGUGUUUCCUCUGAGCGUUCAUUUUGCUUUCUUCUUUGCCUGAGAAAUAAAAAUGUCAUUUGCCAUGCUGCCGUUGAAAGGAGAAAAACUGCAUCAGCAGAGCCAUUUUAUCGAAGCGAGAGUUGAAAAUAAACUGCAUGGAUUCAGUAAGCAGAUGACUAUUCCAAAACGUGAUUGGAGUCAAGGAUGUUUUGUCUACCAGCACUCGUGUUUAUAUGUACUGGAGUAGUAAAAAAAAAGGAGAAUGGAACUGAGUGAAAUAGUCUGAGGAGAUAUAAAAACAUAAACCAUCCAUCAUCCGGAAGAGAAAUGGAGUACACUGAUCUACUACUGAUGUCUUCUUUCAGCUUUGAUCUAAAGAUGUAUUUUAUUAAAGCUAUAAUUUAAAUGUACCAUGGCAAACAUGCAGUAAAGAUUAGCUGUUUUCUAAGCUAGAGUAGGUUUUGUCUUGCAGUUACCAUGCUAUACCGUUUGUUUAAAAAUUCCAACCGUGUGCUGCUUUUUUCACAUUGUGUUUUCGGGUUCUGUAAGAGGCAGUAUAUCACUUUAGGCCCAUACUCACUAUUAACUAUUACUUUCUGACACCAAGAAUUAUGUGUUUCCCCUUUGAAGAAACCAAACAGAUAGAAGGUUAUCACCCUGACUUGUAAAGGUAUUAUCUAAGUUAACUCUCACAUACGUAAUGUUCUUUAGCCAACCAAAAAUUAAGACAGCGCAAAAGAGACAGAAAGAGUCAUUAGAGGCAUCCGGAAGGAUCAAGGGGGAAAACAAAAGAGCUUUGUGUCUCAUGAAAAGAACAUUGUCUUAACAGAGUGUUAAUAAAAUGUCCUUUACCAUUGGCUUGAAGAUUUGCAUGAUGUGUGAGGCAUAGGACUUUCUCAUGAUUCCACAUGCCACUAAAGAUUCUAGUUUCAGUCAUUUAAUAAUUUCUGAAACAGAGAGAGAGAGAGAGAGAGAGAGAGAGAGAGGUGAGAGAGAGAGAGAGAGAGAGAUUAGUGACAUUCAGAACACAUUCUACCAACAAAAUGACACAUUUCUCAACCAUUUUCUCUGUGAAUCAGCUAACUUUUAUCCACCCUGUAUCAUAUAAUUGUUUGUAUGAACAACUUAUAAGUGUUUUUAUCUCAAUGAGAGUGAGUUUAUAAACUAUUAUCAGAUCAUACAUUUCACUUAGAAAGUGCAAAGUUCUUUGUUUCAUGAAUAAAGUAUAAGAUAACACAAAAUAUUUCGAAAUGUAUGCCCUCUGUUGGUUGGAGAUGGUUUCCUGAGAUCACUGAGUUCCAAAUGCUUCAGGACUUGUACAUUAUAGAACAACUAAUUGGUGCUCCUUGCCUCACUGCAGGAAUUCCUCCUUCCACCCUUCAGCAUGCACAAAAGUGAGAAGUAAAUAUCUUCUUGCUAAUUAAUGAAGUGGAGUUGCUAUUUUAGCUCUAGUUGUCUCCAAAUUCCACUACACCAAGUCGCUGUUCCCUUUCCCCUGCAGUCUUUCACAGACAGAAGCUCACGUUUCAGCUUUAAUGAUUAUUUAAAUAAACAACUUGUUGACAUGUCUUUCAAACAAAAGCCUAAAGUCACUCUACAUCUGAUGUUAGGCUCCUUAACCAACAUGGUGUUGCUUUUGGAAAUAAGUCCUCAAAGGUAGGCUGAAUUGAUGAAGUAUUUGAAGAACAUACGCUGAACAGACAAAAAUGAAAGGAACAUAAAGUCAGAGAAAGAGGGAGCUCCAAGUAGACCAUUCUCUCAUUUAAUAGGGUCUUAACUGUCCAAAUAUUUGAUGUUAUAUUUCAUUCUAAAUUUGCAGCUGACACAUGCUUAUUUGCAAUUACAUAACUCUCCCAUUUCUUUCUAGCUCUUAACAAUAAAGGAACUAAUAGAACGAAGGUUGUAUGAUAACGUUAUGGAUGCCUUUCAGGAUCUGAAUGCAUUUUGCUUAGCUCUACGAAUUAGCAAUAGAGCACCACUUAGGUUUCAAUUAAAAGUGUUGCAAACAAGCAACUAUAUUGACACGCCUCAAUCAAGCACCAUGUCUAAGUUUUCAAAGAAAGUUAUUGAUCUAACUUAUAAGUAAAUAAAUAAAUAAAUCUUACGACAGUUAUAACCUGCCAUUGUGUAUUGAGAGAGGACAGUUUGCACGAAGAAGAAUGAAUGUCCCAUUAACUAAGUAACUUAGAUGGACUUUGGCAUAUGCUUGUAUCAUCAUUUGGUAAGACCUGCCUAAGAGAUGCAUGUGACCUUAAAAAAAUUACUACAGCAAUCUUAAAAUAGUCUCAUGUGGAAAAAGACACAUCACGGUGGAGAGAGCGGGCCCCGCUGACAGCAAAUGCAAAGUGUAAAUGCAUGCAAAUGCACACUUAUUGCUUCUUUCAUGUAUAAUUUAGUGAUUUAUAAUGGUAUGUGUUUAAUAUUUUUGCUACCUACACAUUAGACAAAGAGGUGUAAAUAAUUUUGGAAAGAGUAGAAAGAACAUUGUAAAAUACAAGUUUCUAGAGAUGCUCCAUCCCAGUUUGUUCACCAUCAUCCUCAAGUGAAAGAUUUCCCAUACAAGUGAUGCGGUAGCUUAUGUACUACUUAAGGGCAGAGAGGGUAUGCCCCUCCAUGAGCAUGCUUUUUGCCAGGUCAUAAAUUGUUCCGUAUCUGUAUUUAUCAUUGCAUUUCAGAUGGGAACUAGAAAACUGGACAGAAAAAUGUAAUGAUAUUGCUGCUGUAAAUUAUUCCUUCUUAGCAUGUAUUCAGUUGCUAAAUAUACAUUUCUUCAAAAUAUUUGAAUUCAGAUGUCUUUACUGUUCCCUGUAACAUAUGGUAUUGAGGAACAUAAGCUUCCAAACCUUCAAGAACCAGAGUCAGGGAGCUAUAUAAUUAGCUAACAGAUUUCUUCAUUGUAGUAUUCUAUAAACUGUGUUCUAUAUUUAUAGUUAUGAUGUGAACUUUUAUGCCCUUUAAAUUAAAUGCUGUUCUCUUUAUGUCAUACCUGGAAAGAAAACACAGGGAUGAAAGUCUUUAAUCAAUGGAUUAUGAUGUGAAACAUCCUAUUUCGAGAUCUAUACAGAUUCCAGAUGACUGGCAUUCAGAGGCCUAUCCUGAAGCUCAUGGGCAAGCAUUGUAUUAAUGUGGAUUUAUUAGUGUAAUGUUUUCAAGUAUUUCUCUUUUAUUAUAUAACAACAUGAUAGUUACGAACUGGCCUGAUGCCAAAGAAUCCAAUGCUUUUUAUUUUAACUUGGUAAUAAUUAUUUAAGUUCAAUGUUAAUGUUUACAGUAUAUCUUUCCUUAAAGGAGAAAACGGUUUUUCAAAAGUAUGCAAACCCUAUUAGUUUUAUUUUAAAAACUUUCCUACACUAGUUACUUCAAGAAUUACAUAUUCGUACACUAAUAAAUCAAGACAAACCCAAAGUGAGAGAAAGAAAGGUGCCGCAGAAAUGGGUUUUCUUAUAACUGAUCAAUUUUCCUGAUCUGCCUAACCAAAGAAAAGUCUUAUUUCCUCAUUUCAAAUAUCCAGUGCACAGACACAGGUUAUGGUAUAAAUAAAACUAAACCAAUAAAAGGAUGGUUUUUAAGAUAUUGGGAGCCAGAUAUGACAGCACCAGUCUGCAAUUCCAAAAGGAGGAUAAAGCAAGAGGAUGGUGGGUGGGAAGUCCAUCUGGGCUCACUAAUGGGACCCUACCACAAAUAAACCAACAAAAUGAUUAGAAAGAAAUUAAAGUAUAUUGUCUAGACACUUCGUUGCUCAAAACUAUGCUUCUAUCUGUUCACAUCUUACAGAGAGCCCAUGACUGUGAACUCAUGAGGCAUUGUGAUGGUAAGAUAGAGGAGGUGUGACUCUGAUUUCACAAAGCUCAUAACAAAAUGAAUGGUGACAGGGCUUGCCAUCACAAUGUAUGACAAUCCUCUUAUUUACAACUAGCCUUAGACAGCAGCAACACAUCUACCUUAAAAACCACCUGGCCCUGCUUACACUUUGUCUACAGCACUUAUCAGAGUGAUGUGAUGUACCGGCUAUGUACAUAUUUCCCUUUCUAGACUGAGAUUUCCUGGAAGUCAAGAGCUUGGUUUUGUUUGUGACAUGGUCACUUGUAGCUCAGGCUGGCCUUGAACUCACUCAAUAGCCAAUAGGAUGAUUUUUAACUCACUCAUUAGCCAACAGGAUGAUUUUUGAGUCUGAUCAUCCUGACCCCACCUCCUGAGUGUUCUAAACAUGAAUCACCGUACCUAGUAGGGUUGUUGGCCAGUUGUUUUUCUUUCUGGUGCCUUGUAUGAUGCCAAAUAAAACUGGAACUCGGCAAAUCAGUGCUGAAAAGAACCACAUUGGAAUGUGCUAAGUGCCAAACUAAAUUUCCCAGCCUAAAUGCCGUCAUUCAAAAUGAAGGGAGAAGCAAAGUUUUGAGGAGAGUCCAGGAGAGCUUCAGAGAAUAAGUGGCACGAUUUGAACUAUCAGUCGAAUUUUCCUAGAAGAGGAAAGAAAAGCACCUCCAGGUAGAAGAAAUACAACUAAAGAGGGAACAAUGAAAUUUUCUAUUUUUCCCCCAGAGAACAAGUAUCCCACAUGAAUGGAGAACAGUGUUCGUUCAACAAAACAAAAACCAAACAAAAUACCACUCCUUUAAGUCAAAAUGGUGUCCUAAUUUAUGAGUUUGAACUAUUGCCCUCUGGGUUUCAGCCACAUUGCCUUCCCUGGCUUAUAUUAUGAUAGGUCAGUUAUUUUUCACUACUUUAUCCACACAUCCUUAGCUUCCUUCCUUUUCUUUUCCUUUUCCUUUUAUUGAAAAUAGAUUUUUUCUCAUAUAAUAUAUCCCCGGUUUCAGUUUCCCCUAUGUCUCCUCCUCCAAGUUUUCCCCCAAACCUUUUCUUCCAUAGGAAUCCACUCUCUUUCUGUCUCUCAUUAGAAAACAAACAGGCUCUUAAGGAAUAAUAGUUAAAUUAGAUAAAACAGAAUCUAAUGAGUGCGUCACUAUUUCUUGUACCUUUGUUUUUGGAACGUUCCCUUCUGUUUGUUUCAUCCAACUCCUAUGUCUUGAUUUCGUUAAUACAGAACUCAUGUGUCUCUCCUCAGUCAGGGCUGUGCCAAUGGACAAUGACAAUAGCCAUUCAAAAUAUUUUCUGCCAGUAUCUUUUCUGUAUUUUUAAAAUUUAUUUAUUUAUUUAUAUUCCAAAUGCAACGCCAAUCUCGGUCCUCUCUCAUGGGCCCCCCCCCCAAUCCUCUUCCCCUUCGUAGCUGAGAGGAUGUCCCCCCUCCCAUAUCUCCCUAUCCUGGUACAUCAAGUCUCUGCAGGAUUAGGUACAUCCUCUCCAACUGAGGCCAGACAAGACAGUCCUCUCCUACAUAUGAGCCUGGAACCUCGGAUCAGCCAGUGUUGGUUGGUAGCUCAGUCUUUGGGAACUCUCAAGGGUCCAGGUUAGUUGACACUUUGGUCUUCCUGUAGAGUUGCCGUCUCCUUCCGGCUUUCAAUCCUUCCCCUAACUCUUCCGCAGGGGGUCCUCAAACUUCCAUUCAAUGUUUGGUAGUGGGUAUCUGCAUUUGUCUUGAGUGGGUAGAGUCUCCCAGAGGACAGCUAUGCUAGACUCCUGUCUACAAGCACACAGCAUCACUAAGAGUGUCAGGUGCCUGCCCAUGAAAUGAGUCCCACGUUGAGCCGGUCACCGAUUGGCCAUUCAUUCAGUCUCUGCUCCAUCUUAAUCCCUGCAUAUUGUUAACCAGAAAUAAUUUGGAGUCAAAAGUUUGUAGGUAGAUUGGUCACCAUGUGUGUCAGCUAGAAUUUUGAGUUCCACAGAAGAGUGACAGAAAGAUGCCGGCUUCUUUGUUUAAACCCUCUGUGCACUGAUUCAGUCCAAAUGAUAAUUUCUGUUCUCUUCAUCUCUCUUAGUGCUGGAAGAUGUGGCCUUGAUAACCAGCUUAGCCCUGCUAGCUAGCAGUAUGGCUAUUAUAAAAACACCUUUCAAGUAUGAACUGCAUGUUUGUUCAAUGUCUUUCUGGUGGAAUAAUUCCUAGUCAAGCAACAGUACAUGUCAGGCAAGCACAUGUGAUUGAAGGCUAAGAUAUAUAUUUUGAAAAACUACAAUAGAAACAAAAGUAAAAGUCUUAGGUUCCUUUUGAGUUUGUCAACCACACACUAUUAUAUUAAAUUGUCAUUAUUAUUUUCAUAGAAGAAAAUGUAUAUUAUUUCUUUUGAUCUUUACAGGACAUGAAUAGAAAUAAUGUUUAUUUAUAUAGAACCUAAGCAAAAAUCCUCAUAUAUAUGUUCAAGUCAUCACAGCAUGAGUAAUUUUGAAGUUUUAACUCACCCCCCUUCUCUUUGUAAGUUCUGUUGAGCAUUAGACACCAGUAAAAUUAUUUUAAACCCAU